UUGACCGUUACUUGAACUAUUUAGAAAGAUGUCCUUUGGCAGCGCUCUAUUUAUAUGUAAACGCUACGAUUUCGUCGUUAUACGUUUCCACGUCUGAAGUAUAUAGACAAUUUUCAAGCAUGAAAACACAUCCUAGGGGGACUAGUUCCGUUAAAUGUCAAACAGAAGGAUAAAGAGAGUUUUUCAAUUUAAACUCCAAUACAACCUCUAAGAUUGGUGUAUCAAACUAUAAGUCUACAGAAAUUUCUGUUCGUAAAUUCACGUCUAUAUGACUUUGAUAUUUUCAACAGCUAUUUGAUUCUUUUACAUACAUCCGCUCAGUUCAUUGUUUUAGUAUCUUAUAUCAUCAUCGAUUCGCAGCUUACAUUCCACUGGAUUUUACAUAUUACUACUGAUAAACUCUUCUUCAAUAACAACUUACCCGCACAUAAAUAAUGGCUCGUAUAUCGAAACCUAAUCGUAUUUGCAUGAUUUUAUCCACAGUUGCAUUGCUUUUCUUGUCCCUGAUGUGUAUAAUCGGGUUAUUUAUAUUCAACUAUUUAUUUGCUAGUCUGAUUUCCAGGAAACUUGCUAUUUUACCCGGUAGUGAAAUUUUUGAUAACUGGAAAUCACCAAGUGUCCCUGUGUAUUUUUCCAUAUAUCUGUAUAAUUUGACUAAUCCUCAAGAAGUUCUAAAUGGUGGUCGACCAAGAUUUACUGAAGUUGGCCCUUACGUUUAUCGCGAGGAUCGUCAACGUAACAAUGUAGAAUUUUCUGGAGAAUCUCCUCCGAAAACUGUAAAAUAUCAACACAGGAUUUUCUACUACUUUCAACCUGACCUCUCUGUCGGCCCUGAUGAUCAGGGAAUCGUUACAAGUCUUGAUCUGGUAACAGUAGCCAUAAAUAAUCUUCCGGGAUACUACAAAAUGAUAUUUUUUUUAUACACGUUCAACGCAUUCAUUUCAAAGACACCUCGUGAAAUCAUCUGGGGUUACCAAGAUCCACUGAUGUCUGUUUGUCUAACUUCUAAAGUUUGUGACACAGAUCGUGCUGGCUUAAUGGCUAUGAACAAUGGUACAAAAGUUGCUGAUUUCGUGAUUGAUACCGGUGCUUACAAUAUUUCAAACGUCGGGAAAGUGCUACAAUACAAUGGAGUAACAUCUUUGAACUAUUGGCGUACGGAUUACGCUAAUAUGAUAAAUGGCACAGAUGGGAGUGUUAUACGGCCAGGAUUACAAAUGUCUUCUCGAAUAUCCUUUUUUGUGCCAGAUUUCUGCAGAUCCUUUCAUUCAGAUGCUGUGGGUUGGGCGACUGCAACUCAUGACAGUAGUGUACAUCUACUUAGAUUUGCGUCCCAUCCCGAACAAUCUCAGAACGCCACUGUUAAUCCGCUGAAUGCUGCAUUCUGUCCGAAGAAGAAGGCCGGCCCAGACUGUCCUCCAACAGGAAUGAUACCUUUAUCACCUUGCUCGAACCCUAAGAUUUCGGUCCCUAUAUUUGCUUGCCAGCCACAUUUCUUGGGAGCUGAUCCAAGUAUUCGGGCAGCUAUGGAUGGGAUAAGAAAACCUGAUGAAAAGCUUGAUUCUACUGUAUUACUUAUUGAGCCUAAUACUGGAUUUGUAUUGGAAGCUUUUAAAAAGGUUCAGAUUAAUGCAUACAUUGAAAACGAUGGCGGUUUGAAUGAAGUAUACCAAGAUAUGGCAGGACCAUAUUUCUUCCCCUUAGCUUGGUUCACUGAGUUUGCAGUGGCUGACAAAAAGGCGUUAAGUAAAAUAUCAAACUAUAUUCUUAAGCCUAAGAAAAUAAUACCUAUUGUUUUAUCAACUGUCGGUUCACUUGCACUUAUAUCAGCCGUCAUUUUGAUAGCAGUUCUAUUAAAGCGUUAUAAAUUAACAAAAACUGAUAGUGCUUCUAUUCACGGUCAAGCUGAAUCUACAUUCAUGCCAACAGAUUCUGGGUUAUGUAAUAAAACAGAUGAAAGCCCAUUUGAUCAAUGGACUGUUAAACCUUCACCAGAACACGAAUCUUUUCAGGUUAUCGAAUCAAAACCUUUGCUCAAACCUAGUGAUACAGGUGGAAAAACAGUUGUCUGAUUUAUUUAUCCUCGUUGCUGUCAAUUCGUCUGUUAGUCCCCCAGCUACAUAUAAAUGGUGCUCACUGUUUUCGCGAAACCAAUCGAAGUAUUUUUUUAUCAAAACAAAGGAAUAUGAAAUGAUCCGAUUUCAUUCUUCUUCUUCUUCUAUUGUAGUGCUUCCCGUAACCUUAUCCCAGUGCUCAUUGAAAUUUAUUUCUACAUUACACUGUUUAUUUCAAAUGUAUAAUACAAUAACCAUAUCCUAAACUUUUAAACUUUAGAAACCAGUCCGCUGACUAUUCGUACCUUCUUCUCUCCAAGAAAUGUAACCAAUCUGUUUGUUGAUUUUCUUCUCGCCUUUGAGCUUUUUAAGGCUCAAUGCUUAAAGCUUAUUUAGGUGCUUCCUUUUUUAGCCUAUAUUAGAUUUGCUGUAUGCAUACGAUUAUAUAUGUACUUUAUGUCAUAAUGGAUCUUUAACUGCAACCGGAUGUUUUUGAUAUUUUCUCUCACCAACAUCCCUAUCAAAACUCUAUUCUAUCUAAGCAUAAUUUUCGCUCGGAUCAUGCUUUUCAACUUCCUUCUACAUUGUAUUCAAAAAGUUACUCCGUUUAUUCUUUCUAAGAAUAUGGUAACUCUAAUUUUGGUUUGCGAAUCAAGUAAUUAGAUUAUAUAUUUUUGUUAUUUCUGUUCACAAUUUGUUGUAUUCUCCUUAUUCAUAUUAGUGCUUUACUCCUCAUGCCGAUUCAGCCACUGUGUCCUAUCUAUCGUUUUUACAAAUACUGCCUUUUGUUUGUAUUCGCCGCUUUAAUUAGCAUUUGUUAUAUUAUAAAAAAUCUUGUUUUUUUAUUUUCAACAACUCAAUACAAAAUAGAGGUAUUGGAUUUC